UCUUAACAUAAAUUGAUGAUCAUCUUCUUCAUUGUUUAGAUGCCCCCAAAAUAGCUAUUGUGAACAACAGCCAUGAAAAUGAUCAAAUUCAUCACGGGGAUGAAGUAAUACUUACAUGUUUGAGUACCAGUAAUCCACCAGUAAAUAAUUACACAUGGUAUAAGGAUAAUCAAGUGCUCGAUAGCAACAAUUCUUGGGUUCUACAGAUCAAGAAGAUGUCACAGAUAAAUUCUGGAAAUUAUCAAUGCAUGGCUUCUAAUUACCUAGGUGGAUCCCUGUCACCAUCUGUGUCACUAAUCUGUGAGUAAGACAAAAUAUGGGUUCAAAAACUAUUAUCCUGCUAAGAUUUAUAAUAUUUAUAAUAUGUUCUUCUAUAGAUAUAGUUAAGAUGCAUUUUCCACUAACCUAUUGAAGAAUCAAUUUUACAAGGUAGCUAGUUCCAAAGCCAAAACUCAGUGGAUACCAUUCUGUAAAAUGUAUUCAAUUUCAUUGGUUCAUAUACUAAAAGUGUCAACACAACUUUCUUCUUCUAAGCUCAAUAAAAUGAGAGCCACUGAGCCGGGUAAUAUAUAGAGAGGCCAAUGCAUAUUUGAUAACUAGACAAAGUCAAAUAUUCUUCCCUGGGUGAACAUACAAAAAUAUAGUAAUAUUAUAGUUAAACUGGAACUAUUGAGAAAAAAAAACAACAACAAACCUUUGGUAUUUACCAUCUUUAACAUGUAGUAAACAUGUAGGGUUGACACAAGUUCAGUGACACAGUCAAGUGUAUAUGAACCAUUUAGAAGGUGUUCAUGGUCAUAUAUUCAAAGAGCAUUAUCAAAUCUAGACAACUUACAAAACAGGAAUGUAUAGUUGACCACAUGUUCACAUUCAGAUUUACAGGUUUAGGAUACAGCAAGGAGAUUGAAACCUUUACACAGGUUGUUUGCCCUAUAAACGUGUUGUGUUAGAGAAAUAUGUUGUGGGUCAUGCUUGGUAAAAAUACAGAGAGAUGGUAUAGUGGGCUAUAAUAAGUAAAUGAGCAUUCCAUGCCAAAAUAGAGGGAGAGACGUUCAAUCACAGGAGUCUACGUACAAUGUACUAAAUUGAAUGAAAAAGCAUAAAGCAGGAUGGAUGGUAUAUGUUAUAUAAAAACACUCUGUUAUUCUUCAGUGUGAUAUUAUACCAUGUAACCACAAAGAGAUGCUGUCACGGCUCCCGGUGCCUCUGCCGGUAUGGCUGCACACACACUAAGCAGCCAUGUCGACAGAUGUUCCAGACUUACCUUGGCCCUGGCGGGCAGCUGCCUGGUCUCCCAUGGUUACAGUGCCCAGCGUGUGGGUCAUUCUUAGGAACGCGGCCGCUGCGGUUCAGGAUUUUAUAAGAAAGUUACCUUCACCCACAUCAAAGAUGGCGCCAACGUGCAUUCAACGUUGCGUCAUAGAUGCACACGCACAUCUUAGGUCAGAGGUCAGAGACAGUCAAUUACAGCCUAAAGAGGGUUAUUUAAACCCAAAUUACCUUUUUAUCAGUGCCUUGUUGUGGUUUCCAAGAGUGUGCUUCUGAUCGUGUUUUUUCUGGUAUUUGACUUUGGCUUCGUUUUGACUUUGUUUUGACUUCGUUUUGACUUCGUUUUGACUUCGUUUGGGAAUAGGACACAUGGAGGGGCUUUAGGGCAGAGGGAAUGAAGCACAUGGGAGGGCAUGGGUGCGGGAAUGAGACACUGUGAGGGGGGGGGAGUGAGAUACAUGGGAGGGGGGGCCUCAGGGCAAUUUUAGCACAGGCCCAGUGAAUUCUAGUUACGCCUCUGACUAUAUUCAAAGUAGAACCCAUUGAGAUUCUCUCUGGGAAUGAUCUAUUAAGCACAUUGGCACUUUAAUUAUUUAUAUAGCACCAACAAAUUCCACAGCAUUGUACAAUGGUUAUCUUCUAUUCUGUUUAAGGUGUUGGUUGCUCAUUUCCAAACGCCACAUUUUUUAUCAUUUUGGGAGCAGCUGGUGGAUCCAUUGUCUUUAUCCUAACUUUCAUUUUGGUGAUGUUGUAAGUAUUCCAAUUUUUUACAUUUUUUUGGAGUAGAUUUGUGGAAGCAUGGCAUCUAAAUCUUAUUGCAAUAUUGAAAUUAGUUUUUUUUUUAUAUAGAUGCAGUAAUAGCAAAUAGUGCUUGCUAAAUAUUUUAAUAUUUUUAAUUUUUGAUAUAUAUUAACAUAUCUUUUACAUAUAUAUUUUUUGAUAUUUUAAAGGUUUAUCCAAAAAUAUUAAAUAAUUUAAAAUAAAGAGUCUAAAAAUAUCAAUUAAAGUUUAAAGUUGGUAGAACGGUUCUGGUGUACCUAAUAUACCACACAGGAGAGAGGGAGACAGACUAGCACUAAGCUGCUCGAAAACUGGUAAUGAUAGGGAUUCACUAAAAACCUAUAUAGAACAAGGGAAAAGAACUCUCUAGAAGAGUGGGAAUACCAGGAGCUGGCUAGGUGACUAAUGGCUAAAAUACUAAUACAUAGAGAUAAAUAUAAAUAUAAAAAAUAUAAAUAUAAAAAUAUAUAUAUGGUACUAUGCCUUUAAAUCUGGAAUGGACAAAGUAUCCCUAUAAAUGUGCAAAACUGUGAGUAAAAAAAACUGUGAUCUCCACUCAUAGCACUUUUACUCACAGUUUUGCACAUUUAUAGGGAUACUUUGUCCAUUCCAGAUUUAAAGGCAUAGUACCAUAUAUAUAUUUUUAUAUUUAUAUUUUUUAUAUUUAUAUUUAUCUCUAUGUAUUAGUAUUUUAGCCAUUAGUCACCUAGCCAGCUCCUGGUAUUCCCACUCUUCUAGAGAGUUCUUUUCCCAAAGUUUAAAGUUGGACUAGAAUUUACACUAGAGUUAUUAAGUUUUGUGUAAAUAUCAGGGAAUCUUUAUGUUGAAUAGUCAGAAAACAAAAAAUCCCCAAACCCAAACUGGCUGAACUUCAAACGUUGAAUUAAUUCACUUUAAAUUCACAGAAAUUAUCACUUUAGUGAAUAACUCUGUAAGAGUUUUGGGACCCUAUUAGACUUGUCCACUUUUAAAAAAUGUAUUUCAUCCAAACCACUUCAUGUGAAAGUAAAAAGUCUUUCAGAAUGGAUGAUUUUCAGCCGUGUGGCAGUUUACCUUUUCCCAAUAUUGUCUCUCACUACCAAUGCCUUCCUUUAUGUACUGGAGUUAUGACCAGCUUUUGUACGUUCCCUUCAGUAUAUCAAAUUGUUCAUCUGUACUCAAUAGACUCCACGGUGGCAUUUACAUCCUUUUGCCACCAAAAUGUUUAGAUCAUUCUUUUAGCAUUGUCCCUGCUUCUGCAAUCUCUAGUGGAAUAUUCCAGUACACAUCAUCGCCAACCGGGAAGGUGAUCCUUUGGAUACACGAGAUUCAUCCCUUAACUGAAGAGGGAAUUGAGGCAGGCAUUUAAAUUAUUGGCUUCAUAUUGUCAACACAACUUAAAGUGUUAAACUGUUCAACUUUUUUCCAACUUUUUACAGGUCUUCCUGAACAUUGGUUCCAGUACACCACAACCGAUUUACACCACCACUACUAUAACUCAACUUAUUGUCCCUGACCACAAAUAGAAAGGCUGAGCCUGUAGUUGUGGGAAGUGUUACCUGGCCUUUAAAUACACAGGCUUCCCCUUCCUCUGGGCCAAGACUUCCUGGUUCAGCCCACCCACCACUUCAUCUAUUAAUCCAUUCAAUUUUGGUGGGCCCUAUUUUUAUGGGCCAACCCAAACGUUGGUUUUGGCACACCACAACUGACUUAUUCCACCACUACUAUAACCUGGGUAAUUGUCCCUGACCACAAAUAAAUAAAUAUAUUUAUAUAUAUAUUCUGUGUGCUAAAAAUAUAUACUUAAUAUAGGUAUAUAUAUAUAUAUACAUAUAUAUAUAUAUAUAAUAAAAGUAGUUGCUUGGCACUCUCCUUAAAGGGAUAAAAACACUUUAUCUUUAAAUUAAAUAAGCAUUUAGCUACUUUCAUUUUUGGGUAGGACUCCAAAUCACAAACCAAUCAAACAUGCUUGUCUAUUGCGUGGGUCAUUUGUUUUGUGAUUAGUCUAUUUGCCAAUUUAGAAAUCAGGAAAUUGAGUAAUCACCUAAACCGCCAAAAUUCAGAUGAUUUGCAAUUCAUAACAAAACGAAUCUUCAAGUCUAGUGUUCAUUCUAUUCAACCAUGCACACUUGCUGCAGCUCCACUUACUGGUGGAGUUUGUUACUCACACUCCUUAUAUAUAAUAACUGAUAACUGAUAUGAAGUCUCAGCAGUUUUGAAAUAUAUUUUUUGUUGCCUAAAUCAAGAAUAGCUAUAAGCUGGUUCUAUCCCAAUUCACAUGCUGCUUUAUCUAACAAUAGUUUUACUUGAGACUUAAUUUCAAGAUUAAAUAUAUUUCCAAAUUAUAAUUUUGUUAGUACAUAAAAAGUGAGUGUUAUAAUUGGUGCACAUUUUUAUCUUUUUUUUUUUUUAAUAGGAGGAAACGGAAAAAAUUAAAUAACCAAAUUAUUCCAAAUGAAGUAGUUGAAUCCUCGAAUAAUGUCUAUACAAAUGUGCUCGUAAGUGUGUCUGGAUAGUUCCAUGAGAAUAUUUCCAGUGUUGUUAUUUUAUACUUAUAUCUGAAAAAUUCCCUUUGCCUUCUCAGUUUAUUGAAUAACCCUGCCAGUUUAAUGAAUAAAUAAAUAGAUUUAGAAAAACUAUGUUUCACUUUCUCUCAACUUAAAUGAAAUCAGAAUGUUUGGUACUUUAGAAGUUUUUCUGAAAUAAUUUUUAAAUUAAUACUGUUACAUUUUGUCGGCAACACUUUGGAUGAUACUGUGUAAUGUACUAUUUAAGCUCGAAAAUCGGAACUGGAAAAAUUCUUUAAGUUAUGUAUGCUUUCCGUUUGGCAACUCUGGCCUUAAUCUUGAAAUCCACAUUGAAUUCUAACGUUAGUAAAUAACCCUGCAAAUGUUAACCUAUUAAGGAUCAAUCACAUUUAAACAAUAUAAUCUGAUUGCUAAAAAAGUUAUGCAAGCAUGGAUUGUCCUCUUGUUAGUAUUAUGAACCAUACACACUGAUCAGCCACAACAUAAAAAGCACUGACAGGUAAAGUGAAUAACAUUGAUAUUAUUGUUACAAUGGUACCUGUCAAAGGAUGGGAUAUAUGUAUUGGAAGCAUGAAAAAUGAGCAAAUGAAAAGAAUUGAGUGACUUUGAUAAGGGCCAAAUGGUUAUUGCAAUUUGUGUGUGGGCUGUUCCUGGUAUGUAGUGGUUAGUACCUAACAAAUGUUGCGUAAGGAAGGACAACCGGUGAACCGGCAUCAAGCCGCAGGCGCCAAUUGAUGGGGAGCAAAGGCUAGCCCGUCUGGUCCGAUUUCGAUCAGGCAAAAGAGCUUCUGUGCUUCAAAUUGCUCAAAACCUUAAUGCUGGCCAUGAUAGAAAGGUGCCGGAUCACACGGUGCAUUGCAGUUUGCUGUGUAUGGGUUGCAUAGCCGCAGACUAGUCAGAGUGUCCAUGAUGACCCUGUCCAUUAUCUAAAGCCCUCUUAGUAAUGAUUUUUAUUUGAUAUAGAGCAGAUAUAUGAUGUGCAUCAUGAGUAUAUUCAUUAUCACUUUGACUAUUUAGUUUUGGCACUGUAUUUUUAUUAAAGGACCACUAUAGUGCCGGAAAACAUACUCGUUUUCCUGGCACUAUAGUGCCCUGAGGGUGCCCCCACCCUCAGGGUCCCCCUCCCGCUGGGCUCUAGGGGGUGGAAGGGGUUAAACUUACCUCUUUCUCCAGCACCGGGCAGGGGACUCCCUUCCUCCUCUCCGCCUCCUCUCCUCCUCGGCUGAAUGCGCAUGCAUGGCAAGAGCCGCACGCGCAUUCAGCCAGUUUCAUAGGAAAGCAUUCACAAUGUUUUCCUAUGGACGCUGGCAUCUUCUCACUGUGAUUUUCAAUGAGACAGCCACUAGAGGCUGCAUUAACCCUUAUAUAAACAUAGCAGUUUCUCUGAAACUGCUAUGUUUAUAGAAAAAAGGGUUAAACCUAGCUGGACCAGGCACCCAGACCACUUCAUUAAGCUGCAGUGGUCUGGGUGCCUAUAGUGGUCCUUUAAUUGUGUUUUUUUAUCAUAUUAAGUCUGCAUCAUAUAUAUUCACAAGGUUCCUGCAACAGAUUAAAUAAAUACACUUUAGUUAAUUUAGCACUAGCACUAUUUACUUUGUCUCCCAUGUUAAAAUGAGUUUAGGACCCAGCAAUAUUGGUGUACUGUGGUGUACUGGUGGGCUUAACACAAUAUGGUAGAACUUAAUCCCCGUAUUUGUUUGGUGAUUUUAAGUAGCCUUAUAUCUUUGUGUGAGCGCUGUUCCUUAAGCUGUAUUUUGUAAACAUUUUGGCCUCUGUAGCAGCAGCACUUCUGAGAAAUGCAUGUAUGGAUGUGAGCAUCACAACUGGACCAUCUAGCAAUGGAAGAAGGUAGCCUGGCCUGAUGAAUCAUAUUUUCGUUUACAUCAGGUAGAUGGCCAGGUGCGUGUGCAUCAUUUAUAUGGGGAAGAGAUGGCAGCUGGAUGCACUAUCUGAAGAACGCUUGCUGGCAGAGGCAGUGUUAUUUUCUGGACAAUGUUCUGCCGGGAAUCCUUGUGUCCUGGUAUUCUUGUGGAUGUUACUUUGACACUUACCACCUACCUUGAGAUUGUUGCAGGCCACAUACACCUCUUCGUGGCAAUGGUGUUCAUCGAUGGCAGUGGCCUCUUUCAGCAGGGUAAUGCACCCUGCCACACAGCAAAUAUUAUUCAGGAAUGGUUUGUGGAACAUGACAAAGUAUCUGAGCUGUGUUGGUAGCAUAAGGGGGAUCUACAUGAUAUUAGGCAAGUGGUUUUAAUGUUGUAGCUGAUCAGUAUACAGUCCCUCUGGCAUUAAAAAUAUAGGACAUGCAUUUCGGAAAAGGCUCAGUGAUGGCCAUAUGUUUAAGAUAACACUAACUGUACCUAAGGGUUAAAAACAGAUAUUUGUUUCUUUCCUUCCUGGUGUUGUGUAGAGCUGACAUCAAGAACCUUUCUCUUGUAUAUAAGAUAAUUAUUAAAGAGAUAGGCAUGGAGCUACAGAUAUCAGUUGAUGUCUGCAUUUUUAUAACGACAAAAUGGAAGGAAAGAAUCCAAAAAGUCUGCUAUAAAUUCACAUAAAUAAGUGACAAGGGAAGUUUUUUUAACUCCUGCAUUUUCAUACAGUAAUAUGUUUGUUUCAACCGAAUUUAAAAUUAAAUCAAACAAUUGAAAUUUUCAUAAUCACAUGCAAUGUAUAUGUAUAUUGGAACAUUUAUUAAUGUAAUAUGGGUGUCUACAUUGUUGAGAACAUAAGCCUAUGUAUACAACCCAUUUAUUUAUUUGUGUUAUAAGGAAUGUAUUUGAGUUUUUCUACUUAUAUUCAGCAUUCAGUGGAAUCUGACCCAUAUUAAGAAAUGUACCCACUUCUCAUUUCUCAGAUUUUAGCAGAACUAUUUCUCUAAAAUCAUCACGUCUACAUUCUUCCAGAUUAAAAUAACAUUAUUUCAGCAGUUAGACCAUACCACAUCUCUGCAGAUGUUUUGCAUGUUACAUUCCCCUCAAUGUUUAGUUAUCCUAAAUGAUUCACAUCAAUUUCCCAGGUAAAUAAUUAGAGGAAAGCUCCAAAUACCAUAACCACUAAACUUGCUAACGGUUUGACGUUUUAUGGGAUGUCCUUCUGGUGUCGCUCUCUGUCUAUACUCUUCAAGUAUUCAUUCAUCAGUUGAUAGCACUCAGCCAAUGACAGGCUUAGCUCAGGCAAAGAAAUCCCAGCAGUGGCAAAGGCAGAGAGCGGGUCCCGGUGAAACCCAAGUAAGAAGUCAAACGGUUAGCACUCUGCAUUGGUUAUGGUGCUUGGAGUGUCCUUUAAAUGUUCUACAUUGUAUAACGUGUUCCUGACCAUUCUAAUUAUAUGAUGGCUUAAAAUUUUACACACAAUGGGAAAAAAGCGGAUACAAAGUAAAACUUUCUGUUCAUUAGUUUUCCAGUCUCAAUUCACUAGUAUUUUCUGUUUUACCUUCAUACACAAUUCUAGACAGCAUUAAGGAAUUAUUUCAAAAUGUUUUUCUAUCAUGCUAAAUAUUUAAUCACUUCCAGUUUUCAGACAAUACUGUGUCUUUAGAAGACCCGUACACAUCUCUGCAGAAACAAAACAGAUGUCCAGACUAUGAUGAAAUUAAGGUAAUGUUCCUUCGAGCUUUCUGUUGGUUUCAAUUCCUGAUUUUUAAAACUGAUAAUGGCUUUAUUAAAUGCUAGAGCAAUGCUAAUAAAAUAAAACUACAUUCUUAAAAUAAUCAUGAUAAUUUCUCUGUUAGUGAAAUUCAAUCAAUACUUUAAUUAAAGAGGUGGGACCUUCUAAUUUAAUUUGUUGGCAUGGUAAUAAACACAAACACACUAAGGAAACGCAUGCAUGCACAUAAGUCUAUUUGAGAAAAUAACUACAAUAUUGCAACGUUUUAAUUACUGGUAGAUUAGAUGGGCCGUUUGUUAGAUGCAUUACAUUACUAUCUGGGUAAUCUAAAGGUAACUGCAAGUAUUAGGUCAAAUUAAAAGGUUUGCUAAAAACUAUCUAAUGCAGAUUUUAAAAACAAAUCGAACUUUUUAACCAAAAUUAUGCAAUUCCCUUGUCAGUUUUCUGCAGUUCCCAGUUCGGUCAAUACAUUCUUAUUAUCCAAAACAAGAUUUGAUGUAGAAAAUGCUACUUUGUAGCUCUGGAACAUAUGCUCAAACAUUGUGUUGCUCUGAUGCUUCUGUUCAUCAGACUAAGAGAUUUGUUUCGUUACGAACUGCAAUUUGUCCGAGUUUGGGCAUUUAGAGUGAUCGAGUUCGCGAUUUCAGAACUGCCAUACAGACUAAUCACAAAACAAAUGACUUGUACAAUAGACAAGAAUGUUUGCUUUGUGAUUCCGCGUCUGGCAAACACUGAUUUGAGUAAAUGGAAAACAUAUUGCAUAAAAAGUUUUAAAGCGUUUUGUUUUCCAAAAGCUUGCAAUUCCUUUGUAAAUUCUCCACAACUCAUGUUUUAGUGAGUAAAUCACAAAAGUGAUAUAGACGUUAUAGUACACCCAAAUGACUCCGAUUUCAUUCAUCAAAGAGUCUCUUUAGACACUCAUACGCAUACGGUGCAUUGUGCAGGUUUGGCAACAGGUAAUUCAGCUGGGUGAUUUUUAAAAUUAUUUUGAAAGUUUCCUUUUUUUUCAAAUAAUAAAUAGUUUGUUCUAUAAAUGUAUUGUCUUGCUCCUGCCGUCCAAUUAUGUUCCACCAUUUUGCUCCGGUAAUACAUAUGUAUGGGGGCACAGCAAAGGGAGUUGUUACUGUAUCAGUUAUUCACGUGAUAGAAUCGUGAUCUAAUAACUAAAACUCCAGCCCAGAGAAGCCCCUUCCAUACCCAUAAGGUAUUGUUGUACAGGGAUUUCUUGGCUCUCUAAAGUUAAAGCCUAUAUAAUGCUUUAUGAAAUAAUGGGUCAAGAGCAGCCUGGAGAAUCCCUUUAACAUAUUAAAAAAACCACAGAGUAUCUAUUUCUGCAUGUUUCGUGUUGUUGUUUGUUUCUCCAUUUUUAUUUUAUGUCUUGAUAUGUGUUUGCAGAAAUUUGGUCCACCCGAGAGGCCGUGCUCACAAACAUACCCAGAAUAUGAAGAAGUAUUUCCAUGCAAAGCCCUCGAUCACUCUUAUGAUGGUCACAAAGAAAGAAGAUGAAAAGCUCAAUAAUGCAUCAUUUUAUUUUUUGCCAAGAGACUUGUUGGGACCUUCUAAAUAUCAAUGAAAAUCACUCUCUUUUAUCUGUUUCCCUUUACCUUAAAUUGAACCUGUCAUAACAGAUAAAAGUUUGCAGUUUUCUAACCAUCUGGCUUGACUCAUGUUAUACAAUGAAGUGAUUUUUCCAUUAACAUUAUUAAUAGCACAUAUUUUAAUUUAUUUACAUUACCCUUGUCUCCCGUUGAGACCAUUGAUCAUGUUUUAGUGGGUGUUACACUUGCUGUAAGACACAUCUCUACUGCAUAUCCAUCUUUGGGAAGCACAUACUUGCUUCUCAAAACAGGUUCAAUGUCCACAACACUUUAUGUUUUCUAAAUAUAUGUAUCCUCUCUCUUUCCAUUAUUAGAUUGCUUGUCUAAAGCUGCUAGAAAAAAAAAUACAGAAUUUUUCUCUCUGUGCUGCUGCUACUCUCACCCAGAGCCUGCCCCUCCUCCGUACUGCACCUUGCAGGCAUUGCUGCAGGCAGAUUUAUUUGGUGUACUGUUUACCAAAAGCAAGGACAUUGCUAGGUAGCAAAAAUACCAGGAGUUUCAGCCCAUAGGUUAUUAUUAUGGUCCGUUCCACAAAUAUUAAAAUAAGCCUCCCCUCCAAAACCACCUUAUCAGACACCCUAUGUCUAACUCUAAAUCAUAGCAAUUUAAUUGAAUCACUUUAUGACACCAAAUCUUAGAAUGAACUCUUAUUAUGAAAUGUAUGUUUAAAAGCAUCUCCUGCAUUAACUUCACGCCAUGCUUUAUUUGCCACACACAUUCUGCAAUAACUCCAACCUGUUGUGUAUUAACCCUUGGUAUGUGUGUAGUAUUUGCGUUUGAAUGCAGGCAUGACAUUAGCAAUUACAGUAAACACGCUAUCACAUACACAAAGAUCCACACAUGCAAACGUAUCGAAAACACUCAGCCUCUCUUAGAGACCAGAUCUUCCUCCAGCAGUAUACACUGCAACUGAAACUCCAAAAAACUGGCAAGUCUUUCUCCAAUUGAGCAUUCCUCAGACUUGCCUCCUACUCUUGGUGGUGCCAGCAUGACAAAAAUCUGAGUGUGGAUCGAAACUUUGCUAUGUUUUGUGUUUCUCCAAUAAAACUGCUGUUUGCAAAAGACCCUGAGUGCCUGGAUUAAAUUGUCUUCAGCAUGACCAGCAAGGGCCCCUCUAGGGCUGUGUCCUAAUUCUUGUGGUAGGCUAGCAGUGGGCCAUAGCCCCCUAGCACUCUAUGGUUCUGAUGUGGAUAAACUGACUGCCCUUGGGGGGAGGGAGAAUAUGACAAGUUGAUUAGGUGUACAAAGAUAGGGAUGCAUGUUUCAAGGGGGUAAGUGAUAACAUUUGUCAGUGUACAUAGGUGAUAAUCAAGUUGUGAGUGUGUGUGGAUGUAUGAUUUGGACAGACGGAUGGACGGGCGCUUAUGCUUAUUUGCAUAUACUUAUCCAUAUUUUUAUAUAUAUAUAUACUUAUUGUUAGUUGUGUGUAUCUGGGUGUUUGUAUAUACAACAAGCUUGCUU